CGAGUGCCCUAGUUAAAAUUAUUAUUAUUAUUAGUCAAAAGCUGUUGAAAUCGCUUCGUGUCCCCGCCUGCAUAACACGAUCCGCCUGCUCGAAAACACGGACGUGCAGGGCAGGCCAGGACAACAUAGGACAGACAGCACAGGACAAGACGAGAACAAGACGAGAACAAGACACGGCUGGAGCUCCACCAAAGAGUAGUUUCCGCUCGUUCACUCACCUGCUGUUUGUCCCGUUGCGCAAGGCGGACCGACCACCGAUUGGGGUACCGGCAGCAGACUCUCCAAACCACCCAGAUGUACCGGUCUCGGCCCCUAUCGCUCAUAGCCAUGAUACCCCGCGGCAGCUCCGCCAGCCGACGCCUCUCCCUCACGGCGAACCACCUGCUUUCUUCAAAAGCACCGUCUUCGCCCCCCUCGUCACCACCGUCACCUGCUCAAGCAAGAGUGCAAGGACCACGCAGCCUCUCGAAUUCUACUGCAGCACCAGCACCAGCACCAGCACACAACUCCGCCGCCAUGUCUUCCCAGCCAGAGCACUCGACCCUGCUCAUCCCGGGGCCCAUCGAGUUUGACGAUGCUGUGUUGCAGUCUAUGAGUCACUACAGCGAGAGCCACGUCGGUCCCGGCUUUGUCUCUACGUUUGGUGAUACCUUGUCGAUGCUGCGGAAGCUCUUCCAGACAACGGACCCUUCCUCCCAGCCCUUUGUCAUCUCGGGCUCCGGAACGCUGGGCUGGGACCUGGUCGCCGCCAACCUGGUCGAGCCCGGCGAGAACGUGCUGGUCCUGACCACAGGCUACUUUGGCGACAGCUUUGCCGACUGCUUCAAGGUGUACGGUGCCAAUGUCGACCAACUGAAGCCUGCCGUCGGUUCAAGGCCCCAGUUGCCUGAGAUAGAGGCAGCGCUCAAGGCCAAGAAGUACAAGGUCAUCUCCGUCACCCAUGUCGACACCUCCACCGGCGUGCUGAGCACGCUGCCCGAGCUUUCGGAGCUGGUGCACAGGGUUUCCCCCGAGACCUUGCUGAUCGUCGACGGUGUCUGCUCCGUCGCCGGCGAGGAGAUUGACUUUGACAAGUGGAAACUCGACGGAGUUGUCACUGCCAGCCAAAAGGCAAUCGGCUGUCCUGCCGGAUUGUCCAUUUCCAUGUUCAGCGGGCGGGCUAUCAAGGUGUUUGAGGAGCGCAAGGCGCCGAUUGGCGCCUAUUUUGCGUCCAUGAAGAACUGGACCCCCAUUAUGAGGAAUUAUGAGGCUAAGAAGCCCUCUUAUUUCGCCACUCCCUCCCCACAGUUGAUCCACGCCCUCAACACGGCACUCAAGCAGAUCCUGUCUGCCGGACCUCUGUCGGCGCGCUUUGAAAAGCACGCCGAGGUCUCCGACAGGAUCAAGAAGGCCGUCGAGGCGCUUGGUCUGAAGCAGGUCGCGGCCAAGCCUGAGGACCGAUCCCACUGUAUGACGGCCAUUUACCUGCCAGACAGCGUCAAGGCUGCAGAGAUACUACCUGCGCUGGCCAAGAGAAAUGUCGUGUUUGCUGGAGGCAUCCACAAGGAGAUUGCACCAAAGUACAUCCGUUUCGGGCACAUGGGUGUUUCUGUGACGGACGAAAAGCGAGGCGAUAUCGACCGUGCGCUCAAGGCGUUGGAGGAUGGUCUGAGCGAGUGUGGAUAUCAAAAGGCAUGAGAGAGAGGCAGGGCGGAGAUGAGCAACUGGUAGACAAAAACUCGGAGGCUUGCGAAACAAAGUAAAAACAGGGUCCUCGUUUGAAUAGAAACAGUAGAUGUCUUGAUGUCAAAAAGGUCCGGUGCGCAACGGCUGGCGCUUCUGGGAGAGUCCCGGGAGAGUCUUCGGUGUUCUUCCAUUCAUUAGUAAACAUCUCCCGCGGUACUCACUACCGCCCCUGCAAGUGUUGAAGACCACCAGAUCCGUUUGGCCUGAGAGGCACCCCGCAUGAUAACCGACAGGCUGCCACAAAACCAACUACUGCUCAGCGUUUGGCCAGCCUCCCAACCAGUUAUGUUCGAGAAUCUCCAGCAGAGCUUGAG